UCAGCCUCUUUUUCGGUCGGAAGUUUGGUAAUCGUCUGGUCCCAACGGUAAGCUGCUUUCUGUCGACAAUCUCGCUCCUCGCAGGAACAUUCAGCAAAACAGCCACUCUUUUUGGUUGCUCCCUAUUUUUCACAAGUCUUUGCCUUUCGCCAUGGAGGCAGAUAUCAAGUGAAAUCCUUCAUCAGCACUUCGGAGAAGGGUUUGGACUAGCUACAACAAUUACCCAUCUGGGUGACCACCUCGGGAAUUUUUUAAUGCCGUUCCUGGCCUUGAAGUGUUUCGAUGCCUAUGGACUCAGGGGAUGUUUAUUGAUCCUGACUGCUAUAGUUUUUCACGGGGUACCUAUGGCAGCCACAUUGCGACCUCCACGAUAUUCAGAGGGUAGAUUUGAAGAAGAUAAUGGUAAUCGAGAGGACGAUACUAAAGAUGGCGUAUUUGAGCCGCUUCAGCCACAUUGUAGCAGUACUGCGGACAGUGCCAAUCAGACUCGGAAUGAGAUAUUCCCAUCAGACUCCACUGAUUUAUCCACGAAUAUUUUGAAGCAACCGGUGAGGCAUGGGUUUGAUCAAGAUGUUGUUAGUGACUGUGAAAUUGAUCCGCUUAAAUCAGGUAGCUAUGAGAUGGACAGUGCCAACCAACCUGAGAGUGAAGGAAUCACAGUAGAUGCAGAUUUUAUGUCCCCUAGGUCGAAUGAACCAAAUGAAACGCGGAAUCUCCUGCAUUCAGCUUACAACUUAAUAUGUAAUGUGGUACAUGAUAUGUUCAGCUUCGCGAAGAAGGAAUGUGUUUUUACAUUUCUGUUGCUUCCCUGUCAAGUUUUGUUCGAUAUAUCAUACUGCUGCUGGGAAGUGUUUCUCUUCUCUUAUGGAAUAUCCGAAGGAUUGACUAAAUAUAAAGCCGCCUAUCUUUUGGUUAUGGGUUCCGUUGGGGGUAUCAUGGGACGACUUUUACUUAUCGCAGUCCUCUACAAGCAUCCAUUACUGACCACGCACCUCCUGACAUUCAAUCUCGCAGUAUCAUCAUUCGCACUCCUAGCCUAUCCUAUCAACUCGUCUCUGACAUACUUGUUAAGUAUUUCCUUCGUUGCCGGCUUUGGAUUUUACGCUUCCUACUCUGCACUCUUCGGUACUUUCCCACUGAAAGUGCAAAAGGAGAAUUUUCCUACGGCCAUGGCGUGCUCUCUGAUGCUGUGCGGAACUGCAUAUCUUAUCUCAGGAUUGCUCGCAGGUUUCCUGUACAAUAUGUUCGGUUCAUACCGGGUUGUCUUUCGCAUCUUAGGUAUCAGUCUUGCCGGGAUCUGCAUGGUCAUCUUGAUUUACAUCUUCGUUGAUUCGGUACGAAGUAAGAAGAGAGCACGGUCAAGAUUAGAGAGGGAGUAGAGGUCAUUUAUUACGCGAUCAGAACAUUAUCAUCAUAUGUUAUUCAUGCUCUUGACUGUUCGAAGAGGACUAAAGAUAUUUCAGCAUAAUCAUGAUAAUACAGGUGCAAUAGUUUCCGGGGUUGGUAGCGUCAUAAAAAAAGGAGGAUUGUGAUGAAAAGGUCGUUGACGUCAUUCACUUUCCAUGCACAUAUUGCUUUCUGAACGAGUGUUAUUGCCAUAUUGCUGCUUGAGACAAUCGAGAAGUUCAUUCGUUGUCAUUUUUGUAAUCAUAUUUCAUUAAUAAAAACAUAAACAAAAAAUUGAAUGUGUGAUGCCAUCGACUUUAAUUUGCACAUCGACCAAGAUUUGCAUAGUCAUUAUUCUUUCUUUCAGCAGUCCUGAAUUGAUGAAAUUUUCAUUAUAACUCUUAGUUUCUGCAUUCAUUCAAUUCAGCUUGAUGUUUGGGUGACUUAGGAUAUUUUGUAACGAGGGGGGGGAUAAUCACCCCUCAGAAAUUAUGAAGAGCGAAAGAAAGAAGUAAAAUUAUAAUGAUUAGUAUUGGAUCAUCCUAUGCAGCCAUCAAGUAGUAUGAAAAUACGAUAUUUGACAUAGAUUUCCUUGUGUAGCCCACACUCUGGAAUAGUCUUCAUUUUGGAAGUCGGGGUUAUAAUAAUUAUUGAUAUUUCUAUAGCGCCUUUUCCAUAAGAUACAAAACGCUUCGUGAUGCAAUCCUUGGUCGGUUCCCUGAUAUUUUGUUCCUGCGAAACCCAACUUCGAAUCCAACUUUCCUCUCAGUUCAUCGUCACCGUCACAUGAUUCUGAAGCAUAGAACCCUGGAACAACCCGAAUCCUCACCCAUAGGCGGAUCCAGGGGGCGAGGGCCCCCUCCCUAAAAAAAGGGGAAAAAAGGAGGAAAAUGAGAGGAGAAAAAAAAAACGAGGAGGAAGACGAGUGAAUAAAAUAAGAUGAGGGGAAGACUUGGGGGAAAAAAUUGUCACUAUAUGAAAUUUUCGCUCGCGCUAUGCGAAGGCAUUGAUCAAAUACAUACAGCCGAAAAAGCUGUCAAAACGUCGAAGGAUCAAAUGUAAAUCUCUACCAGAAGCCAAAAUUGAAAGUGCUUAUGACACCAUCUGUGACCUCACAACGCCUAGUCCUCCGGAUGAAGUGAUUCUACACCUUGGAACAAAUAAUAUACCUAGUGAUAACAAUGACGUGAUUAUUGCAAAAUUAUCAUCCCUGUGUGAUGAAAUUAUCACCCUCUGUGACGUCCCUAAGCUCCCAUUCCCGACCUUUCGUUGGAAGAACGCGAACGCUUAUUUACGACGUUAGUUGAUUUUAGAAGAGACUUUUGGGCCCGUCGUCAUGGUCUUAAAACUUUGUCCUGCAAUGCAAAUUGUGUGACAUGAGAUUUUUUUUUGUUUCGCAUCUGGAACGGAAACAUUCAAUUUGCGUUUCGUGUGCAAAAUUCUGGUUGCUACUAUGGUAACAGCGAUAUAUCCGAUUUAGGACGACUUUCCAAAUCCACAUUUGGUUCCUCCCAGAGCUUGAGAGGCCGCCCGGGGGGCCCACUUUCAUUGAAGGGUGGAUACCAGGCGCAACAACGCGUAAAAAGGGAAAGAGUGGGUAAGUACGUUACGUAUAGGCCUAUGUAACGUUAUAAAGGUGUCAAAAACGAUGAUUAAAAUACUGAAAAAAGGGAUAUAUUUCCAAUACUUGUAGGGUUUCAGAAGACGAAUAAUUGUUAAAAGAUGCAUUUUCAUAAUCUGGAAAAGACUUGCUUCCCUCGUUUAGGGUACUUUUCGAAACCCCAUGGUCGUGCCUGGUAUCCACUCAUCAAUGGAAGUGGUCCCCCCGGAAUUUGAAUCUAACCCCCAUUUCUGGGGAAAGUAAAACAUAAUACCCUUUACAUCGUGUGCUAGAGGCGUAUCGUUUGUGUAGAAAGAGUG